UUCUUACGAAAAUUUUCGCAUAUAAUAAAAUUAUUAGCACUGAUAAUUAUUAAAAACUCGUGGGUAUUUGUUAAACAAAUAGUUUUGGGGAAAAAUGUAAAAGUGAUUGUUUGCUUUGAUGAAGUUUAACAAUACAAGAAGCACUUAAUGAGAAAGUUAGUACAGAGCAGAUAACACCACCAUUACUGUACUCUUACUCCACUUCUGGAUUUGGUGGGCUGCUGAAAUGAAACUCCAAGACCUUAUACUUAUUUCAUUAGUUUCGCAAUAUGCAGAGAGUUCGGUAUAUGAAGAGGGUCUUCCUCCUAUAGCUUAUGAUCCAUGGUUCUCAACUCUCCUUAUACGGAUUCUACUUGCCACCAAUCCUCAACUCCUAGCAUAUGCUGUAUCCCAGAGACCUCGGCCACUUGCUUAUGAUGGUUUAUCACAGACUGAAUUACUUUAUCCUAAGAGACAGCCAAAAUAUUAUCCAUUGACAGAUAAUGUAGCAAACAGUCAGCCAUUUGGAGCUUAUAAAUACAGUACUAUAGUUAGAUAAAUUCUUAAUUAGUGCUGAUACUUACUUUGAGCAAAUGGUAAUAGCAACAUU